CCUCCUCUCGGCUCCUCAUUCUUCUUUUGCCUCUCCGGCCCUUUUAUUUUCCUUUUUUUCCCGCCCGCUCCGCUCUCCCCUCAGGCGGCCUCCGGGCUGGCGAUGGCGGCCUUGCAAGGGGAGCUGGCCGAGGCGGUGGCCGGCGCGCGGCUGCUGGUGGUGGGCGCCGGAGGCAUCGGCUGCGAGCUCCUCAAGGACUUGGUGCUCACCGGCUUCGUCAACAUCGACGUGAUUGAUCUGGAUACCAUCGAUGUCAGUAAUCUCAACAGGCAAUUUUUGUUUCAAAAGAAACAUGUUGGAAGAUCAAAAGCACAGGUUGCCAAGGAAAGUGUUUUGCGGUUCCAUCCAGGAGCAAAUAUAACAGCUUAUCAUGACAGUGUUAUGAACCCUGACUAUAAUGUGGAAUUUUUCCGGCAGUUUACACUGGUUAUGAAUGCCCUGGAUAACAGAGCUGCCCGGAAUCAUGUGAACAGGAUGUGUUUGGCUGCUGACAUCCCCCUUAUAGAGAGUGGAACUGCUGGCUACCUUGGACAAGUGACCGUUAUUAAAAAGGGAGUGACAGAGUGUUAUGAAUGUCAUCCUAAGCCAACCCAGAAAACCUUUCCGGGCUGUACAAUCCGCAACACUCCUUCUGAACCCAUUCAUUGUAUCGUGUGGGCAAAGUAUUUAUUCAAUCAGUUGUUUGGAGAAGAAGAUGCUGAUCAAGAAGUGUCCCCUGACAGAGCUGAUCCCGAAGCAGCUUGGGAGCCAGCAGAAGCAGAGGCCAGGGCAAGAGCCGUGAAUGAAGAUGGUGGUAUUAAUCGUGUCUCAACCAAGGAAUGGGCAAAAUCAACGGGAUACGAUCCAGUUAAACUCUUUACAAAGCUUUUCAAAGAUGACAUCCGGUAUCUGCUAACGAUGGAUAAACUCUGGAGGAAAAGGAAACCCCCAAUGCCUCUGGACUGGAAUGAAAUACAAAACCAGGUGAACAAUGCAUCUGAACAGAGUGAGCCCUCUUCAGGCCUUAAAGAUCAACAGGUUCUGGAUGUCAAGAGCUGUGCACGCCUCUUUUCUAAAAGCAUAGAGACCCUGAGAACUCAACUGGCAGAAAAAGGUGAUGGAGCUGCCCUUACGUGGGAUAAGGAUGACCCUCCGGCGUUGGACUUCGUCACUUCUGCUGCAAACCUCAGAAUGCAUAUUUUUAGUAUGAAUAUGAAGAGCCGGUUUGAUAUCAAAUCAAUGGCAGGAAACAUCAUCCCUGCUAUAGCGACCACUAAUGCUGUCAUAGCUGGCCUGAUAGUCCUGGAGGGCUUAAAGAUUCUCUCGGGAAAAAUAGAGCAGUGCAGAGCAAUAUUCCUUAAUAAGCAGCCAAACCCAAGAAAAAAGCUGCUCGUCCCUUGCGCCUUGGAUCCUCCAAACCCGAACUGCUACGUGUGUGCAAGCAAGCCUGAAGUGACGGUGAAACUCAAUGUCCACAAAGUGACUGUGUUGACACUGCAGGAUAGAAUAGUGAAAGAAAAAUUUAAUAUGGUAGCUCCGGAUGUACAGAUAGAAGAUGGGAAAGGAACUAUUCUCAUCUCCUCCGAAGAAGGAGAAACCGAAGCAAAUAACCACAGGAAGCUGUCAGACUUUGGGAUCAGAAAUGGUACUCGGCUACAAGCAGAUGACUUCCUUCAAGAUUACACCCUGCUGAUCAACGUGCUGCACAGUGAAGAGCUUGAGAAAGAUGUGGAGUUCGAAGUAGUUGGAGAUGAAGUGGUUGGUCCCAAACCGUCAGAGCAGCCUGCCAAGAACAUCACCAAUGGGAGCGACGAUGGGGCGCAGCCGUCAACAUCCACAGCUCCAGAUGAAGAUGAUGAUGUACUAAUUGUUGAAAAUGAGGAAGAUCCUUCUGCCAAUGCUGACAGCCUAGAGAAUAAGAGCCAGAAGAGGAAGCUGGAGGACGUGGAGCAAGCCAGCGCAAAAAGGGCACGUGCAGAGAUGCCAGCCGAGGAGCACGAUGAUGUGAUCGCAAUAGACUGAGCAGUGGACACGCCAAGGGGAAGGAUGAUGGGGGUGUGGGAAACGUCCAGAACUAGAGUCCGCCAAGGGUCUUGGCUCCAAAAACUCAACCCCACCAGAGAGGCUGCUGGCUUGCAGAAUCUAUACCCGAUCGCGUUCGGUAGCAUUUAGAACUUCUCCAAUAUGAUAUACUAAACAUAGUAGACUUUUUUAGUUUGUUUAAAAAAAGAAAGCUUGAGCAGUCAUAAAAACAAAGCAUGUUUUGUGUAUAUAAUGUUUUGAAGGAUCAAUCCAGAAGGGGAAAUCGAGGCCAUUCCAGUUCAGUGAAGUGGCUUUAUCGUGAGAGAAGUCUUGAGACGUUUCAUUGUAGUUAGGGGUGGAGGAAAAGACAAGCUCUAGCCAUUUUUCACACCUUCAAAGCAAAAAAAAACCUUGACAGUAACUGUAUGUCAUGUUUUGUAGGUUCAGCCGGCCCAAAAUGUACAUUACUGUAAAACAAUUUGCUCUUUCAGUUCAUACUGCCGGAUGUUCGAUGUCAGGAGCAGACUUUGGUGUUCUGUUACAGUUUCGGGUUAUUUAUAUGGGGUGUUUUGUAAAACUCAAAUCCUGCUACUUUACCAGUCACCUGAUGGACCAAAUAAACAUCUGAGCAACUUGCUAUAUAUCUGUUUGCACAGCCCACCUCUGUGGUGGCCUGAGGGUUUGUAAAGCAUACACAGUCUUCGGUUAAUACUCUACUGGUUUGAUUUUAAGCACCCUGCAAGCAUAAGAUGAGGCAUCUUUUAGAGUCAAAGAGGGAGGGUUUUUUUUUUAAUAAAAACAUUGUCGCUG